CCGACUUUCGAAAAUGUAAUGGCGGACGAGAUUUUGGAAAUACUAUCAUCCAGGAAAAAUUUAAAAUGCCAGCAAGUCCCGAAGAAUUAGCAAGAAAAAUAAGGGAAGAAAAUGAAAAACACCGGCAAAAGUUCAUUGCUGAAAAUAAUCCACCCAAGUUGGAUUACGCUUUUUUGACCCCGGAGGACGAGUUAUGA